GCAAUGCUUGCCUAAAACGUGAAUCUUUCCAUUCUUUCUCGUUGACGUGCACAAAGUCGGUGUGUGCGCGCUCCUCCUCACCCCCACGGCGCUUCCAAGACCUCUCUCCAGUUUCCACCAAGUUAGGGUUUCUUCCUCGGUUUAAAGCUCGUAAACUGGUCUAGUUCUGUAAGAAUCGGCUGUUAUCUUCUCUCAUGCUAGUAUCGUGUUGACUCUGGAAGUAUAUGACUUUGAUUGCAAAUAAGCUUCUUUCUCACCAAACAAGUUCAGAUUUUUGUAACAUUUAAAUUGUGACUGGAUUUCUAUAGCGGGUAUUUGAGAAUUGAGAUACGAGAAUGCCACCAGGAAUCACAGAUGUGUCCCAAAAUGGGACUAAGAAAAGUCUUGAGGCGUCAGGCUCUAUAUUUGAAAUUGAAGAAUUGGAUAUUUUGAGGUCGUUGAACCAACCACGGCCGGUUCAUAUAGAGAGGAAUAGAUCCUUUGACGAAAGGUCAAUCAGUGAAUUAUCGAGCUGUCUUUCGCCUCGUGCAUUUGGAAGAAAUGCGGACAAUAACGCUCACAUCAUGGACCAUUUUGAGUAUGUGUAUUCUCCAAGUAGAAGAUCUGGUUAUAAUACACCCAGAUCAAACAGUCAUUUUGAGUCACAUCCCAUGGUAGCUGAGGCAUGGGAAGCAUUGAGGCGUUCCUUGGUUUACUUCCGCGGGCAACCUGUUGGGACAAUGGCUGCAGUCGACCAUUCUGUUGAAGAACUUAACUAUGAUCAGGUCUUUGUUAGAGAUUUUGUCCCGAGUGCUCUGGCUCUUUUGAUGAAUGGAGAGGAUGAAAUAGUAAAAAAUUUUCUUUUGAAAACUCUUCGCCUUCAAUCAAGGGAGAAGAUGAUAGAUCGGUUCAAACUAGGAGAUGGAGUUAUGCCUGCAAGUUUUAAAGUGCUCCAUGACCCAGUAAGAAACCAUGAAACUUUGAUUGCAGACUUUGGUGAGAGUGCAAUAGGAAGAGUGGCUCCUGUUGAUUCUGGAUUUUGGUGGAUCAUAUUACUCCGUGCAUAUACAAAACAUACAGGGGACUCUUCCUUGGCUGACUUGCCUGAAUGCCAAAAGGGUAUGCGUCUUAUUUUGAGUCUAUGUCUCUCAGAAGGCUUUGAUACAUUCCCAACUCUACUGUGCGCUGAUGGAUGCUGUAUGAUUGACCGCCGAAUGGGAGUAUAUGGGUAUCCUAUUGAAAUCCAAUCACUCUUCUUUAUGGCUUUAAGAUGUGCUUUGCUCUUACUUAAGCAAGAUGAUGCGGGAAAGGAUUUUGUGGACUUAAUAACUAAUCGUCUCCAUGCUCUGAGUUAUCACAUGCGUAGCUAUUUUUGGCUGGACUUGAAGCAGCUCAAUGACAUUUAUCGGUAUAAAACAGAGGAGUACUCUCAUACUGCUGUUAACAAGUUCAAUGUCAUGCCUGAUUCUCUUCCGGAUUGGGUUUUUGAUUUCAUGCCAAGUCGUGGAGGUUACUUCAUUGGCAAUGUUAGUCCUGCCAAAAUGGAUUUCCGUUGGUUCUGCCUGGGUAACUGUAUGGCGAUUUUGUCAUCUUUGGCAACCCCAGAGCAAUCUGUAGCUAUAAUGGAUCUUAUUGAAUCACGUUGGGAAGAGUUGGUAGGAGAAAUGCCAUUGAAAAUUUGUUAUCCAGCAAUAGAAAGUCAUGAAUGGCAGAUUGUAACCGGCUGUGACCCAAAAAACACUAGGUGGAGUUACCAUAAUGGAGGCUCUUGGCCAGUACUAUUAUGGCUGCUCACAGCUGCAUGUAUCAAGACUGGACGCCCACAAAUAGCAAGGCGUGCCAUUGAACUUGCUGAAAGUCGGUUGUCCAAAGACACCUGGCCGGAAUAUUAUGAUGGAAAGCUUGGAAGGUAUGUAGGAAAGCAGGCUCGCAAGUUUCAAACCUGGUCUAUUUCGGGAUACUUGGUGGCUAAGAUGAUGCUUGAAGACCCUUCUCAUUUGGGUAUGAUAUCACUUGGGGAAGAUAAGCAGACGAAACCCCUUUUAAAAAGAUCUGCCUCGUGGACUGUUUGAUACUUGAUACACACUGCAUAUCGAUCUCCAUUCUCCAAUCUCUCUUUAUUUUUCCUCUUUAAAAUGUAUCCAAUAUUUUUGAACACGUUAAAUUCUAUACGAAACAUUGAAAUUCAUGCGGUCCUCG